UCCCUCCCUCUUUCGCGGCUCUGUUCCCUCCCUCCUGCAGUCCGUCCCCUCCUUCUCUGCUCAGCCUCUCCACGGCCGAGGCUCCAACACCUGAGGGGACAGAAAGCGGACGCGGGGAGCUCCAACAGGCGGCGGCACGGGGCCGCGGGUCCAGGGGUGGCCUCCGCAUGGCCCCACCGUGAGAGCGGACCCAGCGCCUGGGACCGGGGCGGUCCAUCUUGCCCGGGACAGGAAGAGAUCUGGAGGCAGAUGCAACAGUUAUGAUGCAAGAGGGCACAGGACUCUUGGCAGCUCAGGACAAGCCUGGCUAAGGUGACAGAGACCAGAGUUUUGGAGCCCUAGGGCUGGCUGGGACCAGUGGAAGCAGUGACUGCCAUGGAUGAAGAAAAGCUCCCAUGUGAGCUGCGGGAGGAAGGGGGUGCUAUCCAGGACCACAGCCUGGAGCCUGAAGAGGAGCCUGGGGUCCAGAAUGGAAAGGCAGCCAGCGAAAGCCUGAGCAGCCACAUAAGCAGUCUGGGCAGUGAGAAGACAGGCACCAUGGAGCCCAUGGGAGACCUAGAUGUGACCCUGCCUGGCCUCAGCCCCUCUCUCACCAAUGGCCUGGCCUUGGGACAAGAUGAGAACAUUCUGGAAGAUUCCAUGGAAUCCAGGCCCUGGAGAGCUAGUGGACCAACACAGGAAGAUGAUGCUCCCAGGAGUCUCUGUCCAGAUGCUGAGGACCCUCAGCUGGGGCUGGAUUGUCCUGGGGAGCCAGAUGUGCGGGAUGGCUUCAGCGCCACUUUCGAGAAGAUUCUGGAGUCAGAGCUGCUGCGGGGCACCCAGUAUAGUAGCCUGGACUCAUUGGAUGUGCUGAGCCUCACUGACGAGAGCGACAGCUGUGUCAGCUUCGAAGCCCCCCUCACGCCUCUCAUCCAGCAGCGGGCUCGAGACAGCCCCGAGCCUGGGGCCGGGCUGGGCAUUGGGGACAUGGGGCCCGAAGGGGUUCAGGGGGCAGCCGGUGGUGGCAGUGAUGGGGAGCUGGGCAGCCCCCUGCGGCGGUCUAUCUCCAGCAGCCGCUCGGAGAAUGUUCUCAGCCACCUGUCUCUCACAUCGGUGCCCAAUGGGUUCCAUGAAGAUGGGCCUGGGGGCUCAGGAGGGGACGAUGAGGAUGAUGAGGACACAGACAAGUUGCUAAACUCUGCCAGUGACACCAGCCUUAAAGACGGCCUGUCGGACUCGGACUCAGAGCUGAGCAGCUCUGAGGGGCUGGAGCCCGGUGGCACAGACCCGCUGGCCAACGGGUGCCAGGGGGUCAGCGAAGCCGCUCGAAGGCUGGCCCGCCGCCUCUACCACCUCGAAGGCUUCCAGCGCUGUGAUGUGGCCCGGCAGCUGGGAAAGAACAAUGAGUUCAGCAGGCUGGUCGCUGGGGAGUACCUCAGUUUCUUCGACUUCUCAGGCCUCACGUUGGACAGAGCACUCAGAACCUUCCUGAAGGCCUUCCCACUGAUGGGUGAGACGCAGGAGCGAGAACGGAUCCUCACCCACUUCUCUCGCCGGUACUGCCAGUGUAACCCAGACAACAGCACUUCAGAAGAUGGGAUCCACACGCUCACCUGUGCCCUGAUGCUGCUCAACACAGAUCUUCAUGGACAUAACAUUGGCAAGAAGAUGUCCUGCCAACAAUUCAUCGCCAACUUGGACCAGCUGAACGAUGGCCAAGACUUUGCCAAAGACCUUUUGAAGACGCUUUACAACUCCAUCAAGAAUGAAAAGCUGGAAUGGGCCAUUGAUGAGGAUGAGCUGAGGAAGUCCCUGUCUGAGCUGGUGGAUGACAAGUUUGGGACAGGCACAAAGAAGGUGACUCGGAUCUUGGAUGGUGGCAAUCCAUUCCUGGAUGUCCCGCAGGCUCUCAGCGCUACCACCUACAAGCAUGGAGUGCUGACCCGGAAGACUCACGCUGAUAUGGAUGGCAAGAGGACGCCCCGAGGGAGGCGUGGCUGGAAGAAAUUCUAUGCGGUGCUCAAAGGGACCAUCCUGUACCUGCAGAAGGAUGAAUACAGGCCGGACAAGGCCCUGUCUGAGGGUGACCUGAAGAAUGCCAUCCGCGUGCAUCAUGCUCUGGCCACCAGGGCUUCUGACUACAGCAAGAAGUCCAACGUGCUCAAGCUGAAGACAGCAGACUGGAGGGUCUUCCUCUUCCAGGCGCCGAGCAAGGAAGAGAUGCUGUCCUGGAUCCUGAGGAUCAACCUGGUAGCCGCCAUCUUCUCAGCGCCCGCAUUCCCAGCGGCCGUCAGCUCCAUGAAGAAGUUUUGUCGGCCCCUGCUGCCCUCCUGUACCACUCGCCUCUGCCAGGAGGAACAGCUGCGUUCUCAUGAGAAUAAGCUGAAGCAGGUGACUGCAGAGCUGGCUGAGCACAGGUGCCACCCAAUGGAGAGAGGCCUCAAGUCUAAGGAAGCAGAAGAAUACCGGCUGAAGGAACACUAUCUCACAUUUGAGAAAAUCCGUUAUGAGACCUAUAUCCACCUACUGGCCGUGAAAAUCAAAGUGGGCUCAGAUGACCUGGAGCGGAUUGAGGCUCGGCUGGCUACUCUAGAAGGGGAUGACCCAGCUCUCCGGAAAACACACUCAAGCCCUGCCUUGAGCCUGGGCCAUGGGCCUGUGACUGGCAGCAAAGCCACCAAAGAUGCCUCUUCAUCUGAUACUUAGCUGGUGUGGCUGUGCAGGCCCUGGAGGCAGGCAGAUGUCCCCACAGGGGUCAGUGAGCACAAUUCCAGCCAGGGGCUGCUUGGAACAAGCUCCAGGCAGUUAACAGGCAACCAGAGGGGUAUGGAGAGCCCUGUGGCCAAGGAGAUGGAGAUGCCCUUCAUGGCGCUGAUCUUCUUGCAUCCUGGGCCAUCUCUGGCCUAGACCCUCUCCUAGCCCUUGCUGCCCUCAAGUCAUGGGGCCUUGCUUUGCAGGCCAGACAUGCUCUAGGGCUGCCAACCGGAGAAGUCUGUCACUGCUGCUUUCCCAGGCCCCCUUCUCAUCAAGCUCCUUCCUCAGCUUGUAUUUGUGAGGGUGGAUUUGAACUCUGGGUCUCAACUUGUACAUCCACCCUUUUCUCCCCUUUCCUCUCAGUUGACCAGCAGCAAGUCUAUGGACCACCAGCAGCGCCUUCUCCUUCCCUUUUCCCAGCAACCUUUGCAACUGGCCCAGUUCUCCUGCCUCACAUUGCAAUAACAUGGGGCCUAACCUCCACUCAGUGCCAAGCUGAUUCCACUCAUGCGUGUGUCCACCUCUCCUUUUAUCUGCUGAGGCCUCUCCUGCCUCUUUUCUUUUAAUACAA